AUGGCAAGGGGUGUGACAGCAGUGCAGUCUCGCACGCGACCUACUAAGGAUACCAUCUCCUUUCCUAUUUUGACCUAUUCCGAUGCCUUGCCACGAAACGACCUUCGCUCUCUUGAGGUCUCACAGCACCAAGCUCAACCCGCCAUGGUUGGACAGUGGGACUUCAGUCAGCCCUCGACGGGAGACGGGUGGUUCAGAAAGCCACCCGCGGGCCAAGAUGCAUCUUUCGACUUUCGCAUAACCACGCCACCAGAUCAAGCCAUUCAAACUACUCGAUCGGGCCGCACCCAAACUGAGGAACACAUGAUUGGCAUUGCGCUAGGCAGUCCCGGCCUGUUAACUAAAGACGAGCCUCUACCGCCACCCAGAUUUGAUCCAUCCAUCUUUGCAGAAGGCGAUUCAGCCCAUAAGCCCAGCAAGUGGAAGAAAAUUGGUGGAUUCUUCAAGGCGAAGAAUGCGCUUACAUCGCUCCCAGAUAGCACACAAGAAAGUGAGGCCAAGCCGCAAAGCAACGACUAUCAACUACCGGAGAAGCCGCAGAAAGCACGACUGAGAAAGGACUCGAUUGAAGAGUGGCCGAAAAUUGAAAUCGAUCCCAGGAACAUGCCUGGCCGAAGCAUCCAAGCUCCCCAGCGGAGUCGGACCCUUUCACUCGGCAGCAAGCCACCUAAGGUUACACCUACGGUUACACCAAGUGCCCAGGGCCUCCUACUGAGUGUCGAUAUCCCAGAUGUUCAGAUGGAGCGGUACAGUGUUAUGUUCAGCGAGGUUGUCAAGAAGAAUCAAAAGCCCUCACUGCUGGUCAGAAGGGCCAAGACAUUGGACAAUCUUCGCGUACCAGAUGCAAAUGGCUUCAUAAAACCACCCACACCACCCCCAAUGCCCCAGCGCCGGGCAACAUCGCCAGCGCAAUCAAGCUUCACCCUAUUUCCAACUUCACAGCCAUCAAAAGCGGCCCAGGUGCUCAGCACACAGAAUUUCUCCCGUGGACCGCUGGUGAGAGCAAACACGCUCCCUGUCCAAAGCCCAUCCAAGAUGCCUCCGCCACAGCUCCAUCAUGGCUCAAAUACGGGCAGUCAAUCAUCGUUCGAGUCGCCAGUCAUUCCGAAGCUUUUCACUGAGCUUUCCAAUACUCCACGGUCCUCUAAUAGUUAUGACAAGCCUCUUCCUGCUAUCAACCUGGAGCCACGGACUACGCCUACUCCAUUAAAGAAGAGUGCUCAACCGGAAAAGAAAACUCCAUCUCCGCAGAAAACCCGACCACAGCAGAGCGUCCAAUCUCACAAUACUGCUGCAACAACACCGGCUGCUCAACCCCAGAUCCACCCACAGCAGAGAAAGGAUUCGCUACCGCGAUUCAUAGAAAAGCAGCCUCAGAUUACUUCACCACAACACAAGACCACCCAAAACCAGCCCAAUCAAGCACCGAACCAUCGGAGAAACAACGAUUCAGUGCGGCCACGUCUCAGAGUUGAAACAGAAAGCCGACGGCAACCACCGACAAAGGGCAUACUAUCACCCAGUACAUCAAGAGGCUCACCUUCGGCAUUGAACGCGACGCAAAGCAAGAUUGACCGAAUCAUGUCCCCAUUAUCCGCCUCAGCCGGUCCUAAAUCCGGCGUAUCACCAGCAGAGUCCACGCGCAUGCCAUUCGCCGAUGCCGUUGAGACCCUUGAUGCCGCUGAAGAGGAACAUAUACCCGAGCCUAGACGUCCCAUCCCAAAAGUUGAAAUCUCAAUAGCACGCUCUGUCUCUGUCUCGCGGGCAAAGCGACAGGUUCUAGUUCCCAUCGGCAUGAGGGUCGAUCAUUUAGACCCGGAGGAGCGGGUUGUGCACAGAAGACCUAUGACACCGCAGAUUACAGAUGCUCACCGCGGGCAUCGACCUGGUGUCUCGCAGGAGUUGCGGAUAGAGUGUCUGUGA